GUGGCGUUUUAAUACGUCACUUCCUGGUUGCGCUGUGUUGACAUCUGCAUCGCAAGCUGUGACUGAAGGAGCUCCGCGGCCGCAGGGGAGACGAUGGCCGGGCUUCUGCCGAUGCUUGUCUGCGGACUGCUGACAGUCUUCUUCGGCGCUUCAGCCAACGGAGACGGAUAUCCUCCUUUCACAGAUGAAAUCGCCUUUAAAAUAUCCUGGUCAGGCCCCGAAGAUACUCUGCCAACUUCAAGUUCACUGUACAAGGAAGACAGCUUUGUCAUAAUGACGACAACAGAGAAGGAGAAGUACAAGUGCAUCCUUCCGUCGCCGCCAACCACAGAUGAGAGUGAUGAAAGACUGUACAACGGACUCAGCCCAGGCGAACUACUGGAGCCACUUUUCAAACGAAGCACCUGCUCAUACAGAAUUGAGUCUUAUUGGACGUAUGAAGUCUGUCAUGGCAAACAUGUUCGGCAGUAUCAUGAAGAGAAGGAGACCGGACAGCAGAAAAUAAGUGUUCAGGAGUAUUUCCUUGGAAACGCAGCACAAAAAGUCCAAAGUACUGAUCAAGACAGUGUCAAAGACGAGGAGAAACUGAAAUCUUCAUCUGAAGCAGAGGUGCAGUCGAAGAAUAUCGAAGGUCAGCUCACGCCAUAUUUUUCCAUGGAAAUGGGAAACGGAACGCCUUGUUUGCUGGAGAAGAACAAGCCCAGGUCCACGUCCGUGCUUUACGUCUGCCACCCAGAGGCGAAGCAUGAGAUCCUGUCUGUUGCUGAGGUCCAGACUUGUCGAUACGAGGUGGUGGUGCUAACGCCACUGCUCUGUUCUCAUCCAAAAUACACGUUCAAGACAUCGCCAGUGAACCCCAUAUUUUGUCACUCUUUAGCCGACUCACCGAUGCGGCCCCGCGGCCUGUCUCAGUUGGACAAGCUGCAACAGGAGCAAUUCAAAGAUCUGUUGAGUCCUGAGUCGGAAACCAGAGAGGAAGAGACCACAACACUCAAAGAGGAGGGCUUCACUUCCUCUCACAAGCCCAUGGCUGUAGGCGGCCAGUCUCAGGUUGCCGUGGGAACGACUCUCAUCUCUCGCCUGACGGACGACCAGCUCAUCAAGGAGUUCCUAAGUGGAUCGUACUGCUUACACGGGGGGGUUGGAUGGUGGAAAUACGAAUUCUGUUAUGGGAAACAUGUCCACCAGUACCAUGAGGAUAAAGAGCAAGGAAAGAACAUCGUAGUGGUCGGCAGCUGGAACGCAGAGGAACAUAUUGACUGGGCUCAGAAAAACGUGGCUCGAACCUACCAGCUGAAGAACGAUGGAGCUCAGAAAGUCAAGCUUGUUUCCCACUUUUACGGCCACGGAGACACGUGCGAUUUGACUGGGAAACCCAGACAAGUCAUCGUCAAACUCAAAUGCAAGGAGUCGGAGUCCCCCCAUGCUGUGACAGUGUACAUGCUGGAGCCUCAGACCUGCCAGUACAUCCUUGGGGUAGAGUCCCCAGUGAUAUGUAGGAUUCUUGACACGGCUGAUGAAUAUGGACUGCUGUCGCUCACCAGCUAGCCACAAAACAGAGCAGUGAGCAGAUGAACUGCUGUGUGGUGGAGGAUAAGAGAGGCCCACGGUGCUGCACCAAAUGCCAGCAGUGCGUGCAACAAACUGUUGGUGAAGAUGAAGCCUGACGGACUUCUUGUUGCACGGACGCCGGGACCCACCAGCCUUGCGAAGGCCGGUGCGGUAUCACGGCUGGAUUCAGCCAGAGAGACGUUCUACUCUGCGAAGGAUUUAAUUCUGCUUUAGUCUGCGUUGAUUCAAGGCAGGUGGUGAGGAUUCACGGGUUUAUCAGGAAAUCAUCAAAAGCAUGAUUGUGGUGAUUUGUGUGUGUGAGAUGAAUAGAUGCUGUUUUAUUGAAUGAAUGUAUAACUUAAGCUAUAGAGGCGACGUUGCUUUGAAACUUGAAUGGAGGUGUUUCACCGUGAGAAUGCAGCCUGGUGUUAAAGGUUUCAUGAAGGGAACUGAUCACUACUGUAUGAUCUGGAGGAUUUUACAGCAAAUUAAAUAAACUUUACA